UUGGUGUGAAAGUGUCGCGCGUCAGAGUAGGUCACGCGCCGGGGUAUAAAGCGGGCUGCGCGCCGCCGCAGCCUUUAGUAAGCCAGUGUGCCGCCAGCCCUCAGCAUCAGCAUGCUCCGCCUGUGCGUCUUAGUGCUCGCCGCCGCCGCCGCGGUUACCGCCCAGGAGAGCUUCAAGUGUCCGGACGACUACGGAUUCUACCCACACAGUCGGUCGUGCGACAAAUAUUGGAAAUGUGACAACGGCGUCGCGGAGCUGAAGACGUGCGGCAACGGACUGGCUUUCGACGCUACCGACUCGAAGUUCCUCACCGAGAACUGCGACUAUAUCCACAACGUCGAGUGUAACGAGCGCACGCAACUCGAACCACCAAUCAGCGCACCUCACUGCCCGCGCCUGUACGGAAUCUUCCCCGACGAGGCCAAAUGCGACGUCUUCUGGAACUGCUGGAACGGAGAAGCAAGCCGCUACCAGUGCUCACCGGGACUCGCAUACGACCGUGAUGCGCGUGUCUGCAUGUGGGCCGACCAAGUGCCAGAAUGCAAGAUCGAAGAAGUGGCAAACGGAUUCAACUGCCCGGCGCCAGGAGAACUUGCGAACGCGGGAUCUUUCUCGAGGCACGCUCAUCCCGAAGACUGCCGAAAAUACUACGUCUGCUUGGAGGGCGUGGCCCGUGAGUACGGAUGUCCCAUCGGCACUGUCUUCAAGAUCGGAGACUCCGACGGCUCGGGCAACUGUGAGGACCCUGAAGAUGUUCCCGGAUGCGAGGACUACUACGGAGACCUGGACCUGAAGAGCAUCCGCAAGAGCGAGCUGCUGGCGGGCCUGAACAACGGCAGCGGCGGCAGCAGCGGCGGCUCGUCCAGCCGCGCGGGAGGCCAGCCCAAGGCGGGCAAGCCGAGGCCGCCCGCGCCGGGCGUCGCCGGCCGGCCCUCCGACGCCGCCUAAGCGCGCCGCUCCCUGUCCUCACUCGUACCCCAGCCCCACACCCGGCGCCUGCCCCGCAGCCGCCGUCGCCACUCCGACUCUGGUACGCCACACUCCACAGCGGUCUCUCUGUUCUCUGCGCUUCGAAACUGUUUCACAGGCGGAAGCUCGUAGAGCCUUCACUGUCCCUGCAACUACACUUUUGAAAAAGACUACACCCGACAUCCAAAACCGCGUACCCCCUAUUUGUAACCGACGAACAGUUUCGCAGAUGUCCUCUCUCUCCCCUUAUAAACUCGUAAAUUUGUCCAUCUCCUUUUGAUGCCAUAUUUCUUACAACAUUCACUUACCCACAAAUAAGACUCCGAUAAAAUUUCAGCGCCUGGAAAAUGGGUACGUAGCAUUAAACUGACUUCUUAAUUCGGCAUCCGCCUUCUCGGGUGACGGAAAUGUUCGGCACCAACUCCUAAGAACAAAAAGACUCCCGCUAACACGAAAUUAUCCUUUGCUACUGAACUUCUCUGAUGGAUGAAAACUACUCUGGCAUUUACUCUUUUACACUCUUCUGGGCACUGUCCAUUUACUGUUUCAUUCUUCCGGCCACUGUCCUAACUUGUAUACUUCUUAAAAUUAUUAUUAAAAACCUGGUUUGUGAACGAAUUCAUUUUGGAAAAAAAAAGAAAAAUAGGAUCUGCGAGCAGUGUCUCGAAAUCGCUCGAGUAAUAUUACCUUUAUUUUACAUAAAAUGUGCAGUGAAGAUUACUACGGUGACUUAGACCUGAAGGCACUCAAGAACCUGGGACUUAAAAAGUGAACGUAAGAGCACGUCCGGAGCUACACGUGUCGGAGGACCUUCCCGCCACUUUCCUGUGGAGCGUACGUUGGAAAGAAUGGCGACUACCCGUGCGUGUCGUCGCCUGCCCGAAGUUGAAACGGCCGUCGAGAAUUUCUUCUUCUUAAUGGUGAGGACUGAGAGCGGGAGAGACCGAAAUCCACAGAAAAGUUUGGUGAAAUUAGUGCACAAGUUUAUUGUCAAUGUAACUGAUUUUGUAAUUUAGUUUACAAUAUUAUGCAAAGUUCUACGUACAAUUACUAAAGUCCUAUACGUAAACUGAAUAUACGAAUGUGAGUGUGCUUGUUGACUUUCGAUGUAUAUUGUACCCUCCAAAAGAACAAACUGAGAUUUCAAAGAAUGUUAUCAUUCAGCGUCUGCUCAAAUACAAAUUCCCAUUUAUUUGAGGUUGUUGUUACACAUUAUUUAACAUUAAAUCAAGUGUACUGUCCACAAACAGAAGUGUAUGUAUGUCACUUUUGCGUUUUUGUAAAUAAAACAUCAUUCUACACAAA